AUGGUCUUCACUGACAGCGAAGACGACGAUUUGGAUGCUCCGCGUAGUAAGCGAGAAGGUGUACGCAGUGGCGAAACCCUCGCAGAAAAGGUAAACACAAGUCUAAGUGAGAGGUUUGAUGCCAGUCCAAGCACGGCCAACGAGGUGGAAAUCUCAGACUGCGUAACAGGGCAAAACCAUCGAACAGCACAAAAGCGAACCCAACCUGAACUUGCUGAACCCCAGCCAACGCUUUACGAUUCCGCCGACGAGGAACUUGAGCGGCUUGAGCAGGAAUGGGAGAAAGGUGAAGAUGAGAAAGCCAAGAGUAAGACAUCAAAGACCAAGAAAAGCCGCGGCUUGACCGCCAAACUCGUUGAAGCUGUCGACAAUGGGUUCGCGCCUCGUUCGACGCUCAAGAAGGCCACAGGCACAACUGGAGUUGGAAGAGCAACAGGACCUGUCAGGAAACGUCGGAGGGUAAGAAAUCACGGCGGCUCUGACUCGGAUGAGGAUCUCAUGGAAUGGACCAUGCCAGACUAUGUCAGAAGUCGAAGAGCAAAAUUUGACGACCGUGCAAAGCAGCUGCGGGAAGGUGGCUUGGCCCUACCCCCUAGAUACGACGAUGUCGAGUUCUCGGACGAUGAGAGGCUACGGGAGUUGAGGGAGCGACCGGACUUUCCCAUACCAACAGCAUCUCGGGAAUACAAGGACAUCGAGUUGCGCUAUUCACUUGGACUCAUCCCCGCUCCGAUUGCACAAUUCUUGCGUGACUACCAGAUUAAGGGCGUGGCAUUCAUGCAUGAACUUUUCGUGUACCAGAAAGGUGGCAUUCUCGGUGACGAUAUGGGUUUGGGCAAGACCGUUCAGGUGAUUGCAUUCUUGACUGUGGCCUACGGCAAGACUGGGGACGAACGCGAUCAGAAGAGGAUGAGAAAGAUGCGCAGAACGAAGCAGUGGUACCCGCGAACUCUUAUCAUCUGCCCAGGUACCCUCAUGGAGAAUUGGAAAGAUGAAUUCCGCCGUUGGGGCUGGUGGCAUGUUGAUCUCUACCAUGGAGGGGCCACACAGAGACAUGAUGUACUCUUGCAAGCCCAAGCGGGUAUGUUGGAAGUCAUGAUCACUACAUACCACACAUAUCGAGCCAACAAAGGCGAAAUCAACAUGAUUCAGUGGGAUUGUGUUGUUGCUGACGAAUGCCACAUCAUCAAAGAACGAAGAUCAGAUACCACCAAGGCUAUGACUGAAAUCAAUGCUCUCUGUCGUAUCGGGCUUACAGGAACCGCUAUUCAGAACAAGUAUGAAGAACUAUGGACCCUGCUCAACUGGACUAACCCGGGCAAGCUGGGACCAGUUUCGACCUGGAAGACAUCGAUUUGUAUACCACUCAAGUUGGGCCAAAGUCACGACGCUUCACAGUAUCAAUUGGCAAGGGCUAGGAAGACGGCAAAGAUGCUCGUCCAGAACCUUCUGCCUCAAUUCUUCCUUCGACGAACAAAAGCCCUCAUCAAAGACCAACUGCCCAAAAAGUCAGAUCGUGUGGUGUUUUGCCCUCUGACAGGGACUCAGGCAAGAGCAUAUCAAAACUUUCUCGACAGUGAUAUCGUUCAAUACAUCAAGACAAGCGGUGAUCCAUGCAUGUGUGGAAGGAAGAAGAAGGCGGGAUGGUGCUGCAGGAUGACACUCGACGAUGGCAGCGCAUGGCAAAGUUGGGUGUUUCCCGCAAUCGCAGUUCUUCGAAAUCUCUCAAAUCACUUGGCCCUUCUUAUACCACAAGGGUCGGACCCGGCAGACAAACAAGCAAAGGAUCUCGAGAUGCUCCAAAUUGCAAUGCCGGACAAGUGGAAGGAAAUUUACCGGACCCGGGACAGUAUCAUGCACACUGGUAACCCCGAGUAUUGUGGUAAAUGGCGAGUGUUGAAGAAGCUUCUCGCCUUCUGGCAUGAACAGGGAGGCAACAAAGUCCUCAUCUUCUCGCACAGCGUCCGCUUGCUCAAGAUGCUGCAGAAUUUGUUCAUCAGCACAAAAUUCAACGUCAACUACCUUGAUGGAAGCAUGCAAUACGAGGAUCGGUAUGUGGCAGUCAAAGAAUUCAACACUGAUCCGACACAAUUCGUUUUCCUGAUCAGCACUCGAGCUGGAGGCGUUGGGCUGAAUAUCACAUCUGCAAACAAAGUCGUCAUCGUAGACCCGAACUGGAAUCCCAGCUACGACCUACAGGCACAAGACAGGGCCUACAGAAUCGGUCAGACGAGGGACGUGGAAGUCUUUCGACUGAUCAGUCAAGGGACCUUAGAAGAGAUCGUCUACGCCCGCCAGAUCUAUAAGCAGCAGCAAGCAAAUAUUGGUUACAACGCCACAUCUGAGCGUCGCUAUUUCCACGGUGUCCAGGACAGCAAGGAUCAGAAAGGGGAGAUCUUUGGGUUGAAGAAUCUUUUUGCAUAUCAGAACGAGAAUCAGGUCCUGCGCGACAUUGUGAACAAGACCAAUAUUGCAGAGUCAAAAGCCGAUGUCCGCGUUGCAAAUCUAGAGCUUGAAGAGCACGACUCCGACGACAUCAGUGCUGAAGGUGGAAUCAAAGAUGAAGAAGGUGUAGCAUCUCAAGUCAACACCGACCCGGAGUCGGAAGACGCGGCAAUGUCCCAACUCGCAGCUGAGAUCAUUGGAGAUGAAGGUCGGUCAUCUCGCUCCCGUUCGAAAACGCCUUUUGGCCCUGCCAAAACGGGCAUCAAGAAACACGAUCCAGUCCAAGCCAUCCUCUCUUCGGUGGGUGUGUCAUAUACGCAUGAGAACAGUGAAGUUAUUGGAUCCUCGAAAGUCGAAGCCCUCUUGUCCAAACGAGCCGAAGAAGCCGCAGCCAACAACCUACACUGGGACACCCAAGAGCAACAGGCUAAGGUAUUCUUGGACGACGCGUCGCAGUCCCAACACAGCGAUGGGAGCGAGAAUGUUUAUGACUAUGCGUAUGACGAUCCAUACCAUGAAGAGCAACACGGAGGGACUCUCACGCCUGAUGGCAGCAAUGUGCGAUACAAAUACCGCCCGCCUCAAGCCGUUCGGAAACGACAGUUCUGCAGCAUGGCUAGAUGGGCUGGCUACGGAGACGAUGUGGUGUCUUUCGCGUUGGUGGUGGAGAACUGGAGCCAGGCGCAACGACGAGAGUGCCUUGACCGUUUCUACCGCCAUAGGAGAGAUGUGCUCCGUGGGCUCGUGAAAUCUCAGAGCGCGGGAGAGGGUGUGAAGAAGGAAGAGGUCAAGAACGAGAAUAUCCAGAUGGGAGAUUCAAGUGUCAAGGCCGACCACAAUACCAGGCAAGACAUGACAAAGGUCAAGACGGGCACAGAACCCAAAAAGGAACGAGAGGCAGAGGUGGUCGACAAUGAGACGGCGAGUGAAGAUGAAGACGAUGAGCUGUAA